AUGAGUCCGGUGGAUACAACCCCCGUAACACCGUUCCCGAUAUGGGCGCGGGACAUCGCAAGUGAUCUGAAAGAUGCACCCGAAACUUUGUCGAGUUGGGACAAUUGCAUGGCCAAAUCCUAUUGCAAAUGGCCCGUUAUCGCCGCUAUUAUCGUUGGAGGUGUAAUCGUUAUCUCCGUUCUCGCCUGUGUGAUCAAUUGUCUAUGCUGUGGCUAUCAAUGCUGCAAAAGCUGUUGUUGUUCCUGCUGCUGUCCGUCUCGAAACAAAAACCGGCAACCAAAGUACAUGGAUGAUCCGUACAAUGCACCCCUCAAUCAACCAUACAACCAACCUUACAAUCAACCUCCUCCGAUGCAACCGCCACCCAUGCAACCACCGGCGCCGGUCAAUGACCCCUAUAAACCGUCUCCGUCUCCAGCCACGGGAUACCGCGGCGCGCAAGUGGCGCGCUUCGAUUCCCCAUCGAGCCCUGGUCACAGCAAGUUCAAUGAGGAUGCGCUGCCUGCCAUGCCUAGUUGGGAUAAUGCCGUGACUAGGAGGGUCGAGGAUUCAGACCCCCACUCAGACGCGAUGGAAAUGGAACCCUUGAACGCAGCGAACCAACCUCCUCACCGGACGCCCUCCGCUCCUCGACCAAACGCAGGUGGGUAUAGUGGCGCUGGCUACAACGGCAGUGACUACGGCAGUGACUACAACGACGGUGGCUACAAUGGAGGUGGCCGCCAUGGCCCCGGUUACAUGGGGGUUACCCCCGUUCGGACGGGCGGGCCCUCCGGUUUUCACCCUGAGUCUCGGGCACACGACAUCCCGAGAGCAUACACUCCUCAAUCUCCUGCCGUGGGGUCUCCGGCACCCAUGCAUCCAUACGAGCAACAACCAUACCAUGAUUACUCCCCUGCGAACGGUGCAAACCCUUGGAACUCAGUAUCUCCCGCCCCGAGGGCCUACACUCCCCAACCGCAGUAUAUGGCCACGGGCCCGGCCAUGUCUCCUUCGGCAGAAGCACCUCGUCCAAUUCCUUAUCGCCAGCCCUCCCCGGGCUUCGCUCAGGCGCCCAUGGGACAUUCCAUCUCUCCCAUGGAUGGUCCUCGCCCGAUUCCAUACCGGCAACCCUCCCCAGGCUUCAACCAGGCCCCUGUCUAUCAGGCCAUGUCCCCAAGCAUUCCUUCGUCGCCGCCUCCGCCAUUCACGUCAACCGCUGCUCCUCACGAAAUGACCGCCGACCCGGGCCGGCCCCCGAGUCUGUUGCAGAGUGGACGCAAGCCGGCUCCCAACUCUUACCGAGACGUAUAA